GAGGGGAGAAGGAGAAACCAGCUCUCUCUCCCACCGCCGUGUUCUCUCUUGCUCCCGUCUCGCGUGACUAAAACAAACACAUAUACAUCCAUUUCCUUCUCUCUCUCUCCUCCUCCUCCUCCUAUUUUUCGCCUUUCCAUCUCCCCUCCACCAUCUUUCUGUGCUUCGCCUCCGCUUAUCUCUCGCCUCGCUCCCCCUCUUUUAUCUCUCCCUCUCUCUCUCUCCCCGUCCCACUCCCAAAUCCCCUCCCUUCCGCUGGCUUUGGCUUUAAUCCAAUCGAAUCUAGUGCAGCCCUCGCUUACUCGGAGAUAAAAGAGAGGGAGGCGAAAAGGAGGCGCAGCGAAGAGCGGAGGGCGGGACCCGGCCAAACAAGAAAGAAUAAAAAGGUAUUCGAGCGAAGAGAUCGGAAGGGAUAGUUGGUGAUGGCGUCGUCGUCAGCCCCGGUCCCGGCGUCAUCGGCUGCGGCAUCAUCUUCGACGGCCGCGUCGGCCAGCUCGCCAUGCGCGGCCUGCAAGUUCCUCCGCCGCAAGUGCCAGCCGGACUGCGUCUUCGCGCCCUACUUCCCGCCGGACCAGCCGCAGAAGUUCGUGCACGUGCACCGCGUCUUCGGCGCGAGCAACGUCACGAAGCUGCUCAACGAGCUGCACCCGUACCAGCGGGAGGAUGCCGUCAACUCGCUCGCCUACGAGGCCGACAUGCGCCUCCGGGACCCCGUCUAUGGCUGCGUCGGCGUCAUCUCCAUCCUCCAGCACCAGCUCCGCCAGCUACAGAUGGACCUCUCCUGCGCCAAGUCCGAGCUCUCCAAGUACAAGUCCGCCGCUGGCUCAUCCGCCCCCAAUUUCAGCGGCGGGCUGCCGAGCGCCGGCGUGCAUGGCUACGUUAGUGCCGAUCACCAAAUCGGGGUGGGCGGGAUCGGGUUCGGCCGGGAGCAGCUCUUCCCGGCGGGAAAUGCCCGGGACCCCCGUCCCAACCACCACUUGAUGAUGAGGAAUUAUGACGGCGAGCUGGUGGCGAGAUUGGGUGCGAAUGGAGCGUAUGAUGCAGCAGGACUUGUCGCCGCCCUGAAUGCGUCAGCUGCGAGCAUAGGGCCGUUGGGUGGGCAGUUCAUGAAGCCAAGUUCGGCCGGGCAAGGAUGAGCGGCCGAGCGUCCGGCCGUCGUCGUAGAUGUCCUUGCAGGUAUAGGACUUGGAAGGAUGGAUCCUUGCUGAUGAAACUGAGAGAGAGUUAGAAUUGACAAAGAGGCCUGGAUUUUGGUUUCAAUACAUUUACAGAAAAUAGAUUUUUCUUUUUCCCUCUUGUUUUCUCUCAGUGCUGUUUAUUUUAUCCUGUCUUCUUGAUCUAGCGAGUUGGACAAUUUGUAUUCCCAGUGCUUGUUAUAGUGGCAGUCCUAGUUGCUGUUUUCCUCCCUUGGAUACGUGGCUUUCUUAUUUGAACUCCUUUACCCUUUUCUGUUGUAAUGAUUUUUAUUACCUGCUAACAGAAUUUUGUAAGUUAUUUUCAAAUUGUUCUAGAUGCAAAGAAGAAAGAAGAAUUGCUUUUGUUGGGGGGGAA